CCGGAAGCAAGUGUCCUCCUCCGCUGCUUGUCGUGGCUGAAUAAACAAGCGAGGCGCUCCAAUUGAAGGCGAAUGACUGAACAGUUUAUUUUCAGUGUUUCCAAAGCCUCCCAUUUAUUCCAUAGUGGUUUGGACAAUGCAGCCUGCGAAGCGGAGUGAGAGUGACUGGCAAGGUUUGGUUAGCGAGUUCCUGAUGUGUAAACGCAAACUGGAGAGUAAAAAAGAAGCCCUCCUCAUUCUGUCCAAAGAGCUGGACACCUGUCAGCAGGAACGUGACCAGUACAGGCUCAUGGCCAACCAGCUCAGAGAGCGCCACCAAGGGCUCAAGAAGAAGUACAGGGAGCUCAUUGAAGGUGACCCGUCUUUACCUCCUGAAAAACGCAACCAGGUAAACCUUGCCCAGCUGCUGAGAGACUCCAGGGACCAGGCGAAGAAGCUGACAGAGGAGGUGAAGGAGCUGACUCAGCAAUUGCGAGAGGCUCAUGGGGACAACAAGCUCCUGCGAAUGACUAUCACGCGACAGAGGCUAGGAGAUGAUGAGGUUGGCGCCCGCCACUUCCCCGCCCAUGAACGGGAAGACUUAGUUCGCCGGCUGGAGCGAGCUGGCCUUCAGAUGGAGGAGAUGGAGAACAAUGUGAAGGCUCUGACGGAUGAGCUACAGGACGUGAAGGCGGAGCGUGGAGUCUACAGGGAAAAAGCAGAGCGCCUCAACAUUGAGCUCAACCACAUUCUUGGCAACCGAGAAGCACGCAUCAUUGACAUAGACGCCCUGUGCAUGGAAAACCGGUAUUUGCAUGAGCGUUUCAAACAACUACAGGAGGAGGUGAACCUGCUUAAAUCAAACAUCAUGAAGUACAAGUCUGCAUUAGAGAGAAGGAAAAACUCCAGCAACUAUGGGAAAUCUAAUAGUCCACUCACAGGUGUUCUUUCGGCCAAACAAGUCCAGGAGAUGCUCUUGGAAGAGCAUGGCUGCAGCCUCCCCGCCACACCGCAGUCCAUUUCCGACCUGAAGUCCCUGGCCACGGCGCUGCUGGAGACCAUUCACGAGAAGAACCUGGUCAUCCAACACCAACGCCACACCAACAGGAUACUGGGAAACAGAGUAGCAGAUUUGGAAAGGAAGCUGAAGACGCUGGAGGUCGCCGGGUUUUGGAGUCUACCAGGCCUGACCUACCGCAUAUCCAUUGGGAUCGGGAGGACUCGGGACGAUGUCGUGCCGAAUGAAAGCCUCCCGCUGGAGCUUUGUCCAACCCGGGUGUCAACGUCAGGGAAGCAGCAGGGUCCACCCAAAGUAGCAUCAGACGACACACGCUCCCAUGAAUCACUGUGGAAGCACAACUCCGUCGCCAGCAUCCAUCUUGGCGCAGAUGGCGCUGAAAAUCAAGCGGCACAGAUAAAUGGGAUCGAAGUGACGGCAGGUGGAGACAUGGGGACACCUCUGGACGGGGAGGAAGUGCGCAGUCCUGUGGAGGAGACGGGGCGGGAGGUGAACGGUGCCGGGGAAGCGGAGGAGGACGUGGCUUCAUUGGUGGAGGAGGGAGAGGAGGCGGCGUUGGCGUUGAACGUUUCUCCUGAUGAAUCGCACCACACUUGGCUUACAGUCCAACACGAGUCGGACUACAACUCCCAGGAGACACUUGGGUUAGAAUCAAAGGAGUCACUGUCAAUCCAGUGACACUUGUCAGGACUUGGUAUUAUUGUAUCCAAGAUCACAGGGAAAAAGAGGCAGCACUUUGGAUGAAUAACUUAAAACCAUCUCGUCUCUGUGAAGCCUUUCUCUCCAUGCAAUUAGAUGCAUCCCAAUUGUUGGCUCUCUACUUCUUUGAGGGAUGCUUAAGAAAUGUGCCCCUCCACCGUUUAGAUGUGCCUUAAUAUAGCCUCACCAUUCACAAACUCCAUCUUUAGGAUUUUCUUAACAGUAAUGUGUCCCUAUAGUCUUUUUAUGAGCACCAAAAAUGAGAAAAUCUGCCUGAAAGAAGACACGCUAAAAUGGUCAAUGUUAAAAUCUAGGCUUCGCUACACAUCUUAAACUAGACAUGUGAGAGCUGUAAGUUUGAUCAUUAGAACUUAGCAUGAUGCUGCUGUUAAAAUGUGAGUUCUGUUUACAUAGCUAUAUGCUAGUGUUGCUGAUGUUUUGUCCUCCUAUUCCGCCUCUUAUGUGGAUUUUGGACAACACUCUUUUCUUUAAACUCGGUGACCAACACAAAGAUAUGGGACCUAAACUUUUGUUGAUAACAGCUGGCCUCUCAACGCCAAUACAAAUUCCUACGCGGCACAACUGGCUGUUUUUAAUCCCAAAGGUGAACGAUGGGAGCAGACUGCUAUUUGGCACAGAGUCCCCCCCUCCCCCCAGGAGUCUUAACACCAGAUGGGAUUGUGGACUAAUGAAGUUGUAAAAGGAUACUGCACCUUUGCAUGCUUUAUAGAAAGAUUUGCAUAUUUGCAAGAAGAAAGGCACACACUUGUUAGCAAAGAUACAACAACCUUGCAACAUAGGGCCGUGAAUUGUCAUGAUGGAACUAGAGAUAACACAACUCGAAGAGACAUUAAUUUUUUUUUUGUUUUACCACCUUAGCUCUGAAUCUCAACAAAACCUUGCUGGAAAUAGUCUGAACUAAUAUGUAGAUAUAUAUAUUUUUUAAAGGUGCAAUAAAGAUGUAAGAAGAA